CGCCUCGUGUUACUAUGGGGUAACCUUCCGUUUGUUUUGUUGUCAAAUUUACAUUUUUAUGCAUCCACACAAAUAACUGGACAAGAUGAUGCACCACUACAUAAAAGAAUUGGAACAGGAGCCUUUCGACCACGAAGAAUUUGUGGAAAGGCUCGCCUGGAGGACGGUGGACGUCUUCAAGGAGGACGGCAUCAACAAUUUCGAACCCCAUCUGAUGUACGAAACUUUCCUUCAAGCCAUCAAGGAUCUACAGAUUCUUCAAGAACGUCAACGAAAGAAAUGUGAUAAAUUAGAAGUUAUAUGCCAAGAGGAGGAAAAUAAUCACUGGCAAGAUAUAGCACAGUUUCAAGAAAAGAAUAAGGAAGCUGUCGUCUUGUUUCAAGACUUGGAUGAAAGGAUUAAUUUUGUGGCGACUAAAGUUAUUCACCUCGGCGAUCAGCUGGAGAACAUAAAUAUUCCGAGGUCGAGGGCAGUCGAAGCGCAUAAACUGAUGUGCUACUUUACAGAGUUUUUAAGCCCCGGUCCAGUUAUAUCAGAGGUUUUCACUAAUAAAGAUGAGCUGUUUGAAGCUGCUGAUUUAAUUCAAAAGUUGCACAUGAUAGCACAAGAGCUCCCAGCAGCAAAGUUUGAAGAGGCGAGGAAAAAGAUUGCUCUCAAAUAUGAUGAAAUUGAGAGAUCACUAAUUGAAGAACUCGUCAAAGCUCAUAACGUAGACGAUCGCUCAAGAAUGAAAGAAAUCACGUCAAUUCUUUCACAUUUCAAAGCGUACAGUGAAGGGAUAGAUGCUUUCAUCCAGGAAAGUCAAUGUACGACCAUAAGUGGUAAAGAUAUAUUUAAAGAUAUUUUGCCUUUAACUCAAAAGAAUUUUGUACUGAUGAAAGAGGUCUUCAGUUCGCCUGAGCCAGUGAUGGCAAAAUUUGUAUUAAAUAUUUAUCAUCUGAAGUUGCAGAAUUACAUUGGUACUGUGUUAUCCAAUCACACCGAUGAAGACAAAUAUUUAAUUAAUCUGAUGGAUUUAUAUACUAAGACUGUUCAACUCUCGAAGGAUUUUAGUUGUUUUAAAAUGGGAACAGAUGAUACAUACCUCAGCAAAUUAACUCAUACAAUAUUUCAAAAAUAUUUAGAUUCGUACAUAAGCACUGAAGUUGAAUGUUUAAAAAGAAAAUGUGCCCACCUCUUACAGCAGUACUAUGAUUCGAAAGAUCAUCAGAAGAAACAGCUACAAACACUAGGUUUUCAAGAUUUGAGAAGGCUAGUUAUUGCUAAUAGAGCCAUUAAUAAUAUAACACAGCCUGAUGAUUAUGGUGGUGAGACUUUUCUGUCAGAAGAGUUAGCUAUAUGCGUACUUCAGGAAUCAAAAGUUGCUUUUAAGAGAUGCCAAGUGCUGUCGAGGCCUUCAGAAUUGCCUAGCAAUGCCUUCCAGAUUUUUGAAGAAAUUUCGCAAUGUCUUAUCGUACAGUACGUAGAUUAUGCUAUCGAAUUAGGACUUCAGGCUAUUCCGAGUGCAGAGAGUAAAACACAGCAGAAAAUUUACUUUUUCGAUAUAGUACGCCAAGCAAAUGUCAUCGUUCAUCUCAUAGAUAAGCAUUUUACCGAUUGCUUCAUACCUCUCAUUGUUUCAACUCCAAAGUAUGGAGAUUAUGCGUUGAAAAAGAAGUUUCAUUUUUCCAACUUGGAGCAAAAGUUGAGCAAUGGGAUUGACAGAUCAAUCAAUGCUAUGGUCGGAUGGAUUAAGAUAUUUUUACAAAAUGAGCAAAAGAAAACUGAUUUUAAACCCGAUAUGGAUUUUGAUAUUAUGCAACAACCAACAUUAUCAUCUCAGCCGUGCUUAAAAGUAGUAAAAUAUAUUACCGAUAAUUUAACCCAUAUAAGAGAUUCUUUAGACGGAAGGAACCGUGAAUACGUGAUGACAGAAUUUGGCUGUCGAUUCCAUAGAAUAAUAUAUGAACAUCUACAAACUUUCCAAUAUAACUCUACUGGUGCUAUGUGUGUUAUAUGUGACAUAAAUGAAUAUAGGAAAUGCAUAAAAGAGUUAAAAUCACCUUUAGUGGACACAUUAUUUGAUACUCUCCAUGCAUUGUGCAAUUUAUUACUUGUUAAACCUGAAAAUCUCAAUCAAGUUUGCAAUGGAGAAAAUUUGGCUCCUUUAGAGGGAUCAAUUUUACUCAACUUCAUUCAGCUGAGGACUGAUUACAAAACUCAAAAGUUAGCAAAUUUUCUAAAAGGCAUUACUACGUGAUAACCAACCCCAAAUUAUUACUCAUCCUUAUUAUAUUAUGUUGUUAUUAAUAAUACUAUAUAAAAGUGUAUUUAUCAUUUAUUUUUAUAUAUAAUCUUCAUUAUUUUGUGUUUUAUCUUUCCUGCUCAUCUCUCAACACAAGCAACCAAAAAAUAUACUAAAUAAGUGUAAUUUAUUUUGUAAGAAUAAAAAAGUGAUAUAGUCAAGAAA